AUGCCAGCUGAUGAGAGCCACAGAAUGGCGAUGCAAAGUUCUCCUAAUGUCAGCUCUCCUAUCUAUGAAAUGAAGUCAGUGAUUAAAAGGAAUGAAGACAAGAAGCGAGAGGCCAUACUAGAGGUGACAGGCAGCCUGGAAAAUAACUCGUGGAAAGAGGAGCUGAAGAAGGAGCUGAUUGAGGAGGUGAAGACCCAGAUAAAGGACCUUGCCCGCGAGUUAAUCAAAGACCAGCAACCAACUGGCUCCACACGAACAUCAGUAAGGCCCAGGGCCAAAUCUCCAUAUUCUCGGGGGAAACGGAACCAGGACCGUCCCACCAGCUACCAGUGGGAUGAGGAAGUGGGGUCAGCUCAAAAAGAUCAAGGGGCCACUACUAAAUUAGUGGGGAAUUGCCCAUAUGUGGAUGUGUCGGUGGGAGGAGUUUGUUUGGAGGGACUUUUGGAUACUGGCUCCCAAGUGACACUGAUGCAACAGAGCCUGUUCCUCAAACACUUCCCUGACUGUGAUGUUAAUAAUGUUCCCACUUACGUCCAGCUUAAGGCGGCAAAUGGCCUCAAGAUUCCCUGCAUAGGCUACGCCCUAAUGGACUUUAAGAUUGAGGGUGUUGAAAUUAACCAAAAAGGUGUUUUUAUAGUGACUGAUGAAUGCUCCACGAAUCCCUUCAUUAUUGGCAUGAACGUAAUCAGACCUUGCUGGGAUGUGGUUUUUCGUAAUCCUGGGAAGCCAUUGUCUUUUUGCUGCCAAAACCCAAGGUCCCAACGGGCUUGGCGGGAGGCUUUCUUUCUUUGCCAGAGGACUGCUGUUGCCACGGAGGACGAGUUCAUGGGAUACGUUUGGCCAGCUCAGCGGCGAGGGGUCAGGAUCCCAGCAAGAAGUGAGGUGGUGGUCUGGGGUCGAGCCCGAGCAGGACCAGCAGGGAGAGACUACUGUGGCCUGGUGGUCGCCCUGGAGGAGCCCAACACUGUCUCGGUGGGUCGCACCCUUGCUGUCGUCAGAAAUGGUAGGCUCCCGGUUCGUCUGAAAAAUUUGAAUAAUUUUCCAGUUACCCUAGGGCGCUACCAAAAGAUCGGACGCCUCUACCAAGUAGACGAUGUGGAUGUCCACGGGGGGCGAGAUGUUGACCUGGCUGUUGAUGACAAUGGCGUCGUACAAGUUGGGCUGGUGGAAGCUGUGGAUUCCCUAGAGGAGAGCCAAGCCUUUAGCUUACAGCGGCUGGUGGAGCAACCAAAUUUAACACCUGCCGAAGCUGGUAAGCUGACCACCCUACUGCAAAAAUGGGAUAAAGUGUUUUCUAAACAUGAUGAGGACUUUGGUCGGACGGACGCCGUCAAGCACACCAUCCCAACGGGAGAUGCAUGCCCUACAAGGGAGAGGUAUAGACCACUGCCACCACUCAUGUAUAAAGAAAUGAAGUCACUGCUGGCAGACAUGUUGGACAAAGGUGUGAUAACUGAAAGUUCCAGCCCCUGGGCUGCACCCAUUGUCAUGGUCAAGAAAAAAGAUGGAAGUUGGAGGUUCUGUGUCGACUAUAGAAAAUUGAACUCUGUCACUCAUAAGGAUGCUUUCCCUCUCCCUAGGAUCGAAGAGACUCUAACCUCUCUUUCUAAGGCAGAGUGGUUUUCCACUUUAGACCUGGCCAGUGGCUAUUGGCAAGUCGAAGUUGAGCCAAAGGACAGAGAAAAGACUGCCUUCACUACACCUUUGGGCCUUUUUGAAUUCCAGCGCAUGCCAUUUGGCCUCUGCAAUGCACCAGCAACCUUUCAGAGACUGAUGCAGCAAUGUCUAAGUGGUCAGAUUACUGAGUCCUUACUUGUAUAUUUGGAUGACAUAAUUGUCUACUCACCUGAUUUUGAUACUCACCUGCAGCAUCUGGAAGAAGUCUUCAUGUGUCUGUGGAAGCAUGGCUUAAAGCUGAGACCCGACAAGUGCAACCUGUUCCAGAAAGAAGUGCGAUUUCUGGGUCAUGUGGUCAACCAGAGGGGGGUUAUGCCUGAUCCAGAGAAGGUGGAGGCAGUUACAGAGUGGGCUGCUCCAAAAUCCGUUAAGGAAGUGAGGGCAUUUCUGGGCCUGGCUGGCUAUUACAGGCGUUUUAUCCAGGGGUUUUCUAAAAUUGCACGCCCACUCCAUUCCUUGCUAACAGGCAUUCCCACUGAUAAGAAGAGUGGCACCAAAUUAAUAGACUGGACAUUAGAGUGUCAAACUGCAUUUGAAAGACUAAAAGAGGCCUUAACCCAAGCACCAAUACUGGCCUAUGCAGAUUACACCCAACCUUUUAGCCUCUACACUGAUGCCAGCAAUCAUGGACUGGGUGCAGUACUGGCACAAAACCAAGGAGGAGAGGAGCGAGUGAUCGCUUACGCCAGUCGCAGCCUACAUCCUGCAGAGCGAAAUGAUGCAAACUACAGCUCAUUUAAAUUGGAGCUCCUGGCACUGAAAUGGGCAAUCACCGAAAAAUUCAAAGAUUAUCUAACUGGUGCCAAGUUCACAGUGUUCACUGACAAUAAUCCAGUUGCUCAUCUACAAACUGCUAAACUUGGAGCCGUAGAACAACGGUGGGUUGCUCAGUUGGCCUCAUUUGACUUCGAAGUGAAGUAUCGAGCAGGGAGAGAGAAUCUGAACGCAGAUGCAUUGUCCAGAUUCCCCAAGGUUACAACCAGCACUGGAUACACUGUAGCAGCCGUAAUUGAUGCCGAUGUAGAAGACAUGGGUUCACUGGAGCUGGGGGAAGAUUGGCAGACCCUCCAGGGGGCGGACCCAGACAUACAGCAGGUACGAAUGUAUGUGGAAAAGGGGAGGGCCCCAAAUAAGACUGAGCAAGCAGUUUUAGGUCAACCGGCAAAAAAACUGCUGAAACAUUGGAAGAGACUUUGCAUACACAAGGGGGUUCUCUGCAGACAUGUGUUUGACUCUUAUAUGUGCGAGCCCCGUUUCCAGAUUGUGUGCCCAGGGUCCAAACGUCAGGAGGUCUGGAGGAAAUGCCAUGAAGCUACAGCCCACGCAGGAGUGGAGAAGACCCUCGCUCACCUGAGGCGCCAUUUCUUCUGGCCAAGCAUGGAAAAGGGGGUGACGUUGCCACAUGCACCCGGAGACCCCGUGGCGGCAGCACAGGUGCUCUCAAUCAGCUGAGCAGCAUACAGACGGUGGCGUUUGUAAUAAAAGGCAGCUGCGCAGUUGAAGAGGGAGAAGAAAGCUGGACAAAGCACGGGGGAAAGGACCUGCAGACAGAGAGAAGACCGCGCAGUGAGGACCGCGCGGCGUGUUGGAGAGAGAGAGAGCGACAGCGGCCCGGCGUGUUGGAGAGAGAGAGAGCG